AUGCUCGGAAUAGGGAAUGCAUUUCGAAGCAAGUUGUUUGGACGUGCAGCAGUAGCAGCAGCAUCUAAUCAUGCAACACGUCGCUAUAUAUGUCACAAUCGAUUCAUGCGAAGAGUAUCCAUCAUUGGUGCUGGUGGUGUUGGUUCAACGAUAGCUGCAAUGACCAUGUCAAAAAACGUGGCUGAUGAAAUACUGCUUGUUGAUGCCAUGGAAGAUUUUCUCAAAGGUCAAGUACUUGAUUUGAGUGAUGCCAACAUCAACAAUGGAACCAAAGUCCGUAGUGCCACUUGGAAGGAGGCUGGCCAAGCGGAUGUCAUUGUCAUCACCGCUGGAGCGAAACAGCGUUCAGGAGAAUCCCGUCAAGAGCUAGUGGAUCGUAACUAUGAAAUUUUGAAGCAAGUGAUUGGAGAAAUGCAACCAAUUCAAAAGGAUGCCGUUAUGCUUCUUGUAUCAAAUCCUGUCGAUGUACUUACAGCAAUUGCACAAAAGCUUGCGGGUCUACCCAAAAACAGGGUGUUUGGAUCGGGAACCUUUCUCGACUCCUCAAGGCUAAAUGUUUAUUUGUCUGACAAGCUCAAUAUAUCUCCAUCAUCCAUCUCUGCCUAUGUUUUGGGUGAACAUGGCGAUUCGCAAUUCAUUGCUUGGGAAAGCGCCUCUGUGGCUGGACGACCCUUGCUAUCAUUUCCUGAAAUCCAAGCUCUCGAUAAAGAAAGCAUUCGGAAGCAAGUCUCUAACAAGGCGAUGGACAUUAUCCGGUAUAAAGGAUCCACAUUCUACGGCAUUGGUGCAUGUGCAACAUCAUUGUGUGAAAGCAUUCUACGUAAUACCCUUGAGAUUCGACCUGUCUCAGUGCAUGUGGACAACCUUGACACUGUGCUAUCAGUGCCAGCCAAGAUUGGUGCUGGUGGUGCUGAAGAAGUGUUUCCUAUUCCUCUCAGUGAUGAUGAACAACAAAAGUUACUAGAAAGUGCACAAACUGUAAAAGAGGUAGCGAGGAAAUAUCUCUUGUGA